AUGGCUUCCAGAACGCUGCCCGCGUCCAUAGGCCGACGAAUUUUCGCAACCUCAAAGCCUUCCCGCCUACCGAAUCGCACUUUCGCCAGCGCCACGCCACGACGGCGCGAACUGUGGGAGUCAUAUCGGCCAGCUUUACGGAUCGCCGGUCAACGGAGAGCCAUCUCGUCCACAUCACGAGCAAGAUUUGCUGCGGUGGACGACGCAUUCGAUGCGAGGCAGCAAGACCGCGAGGCUGAUGAGGUUGAUGUGUGCAUUGUGGGCGGUGGCCCCGCGGGGCUGUCUGCAGCCAUCAAGCUAAAGCAGCUGGCAAAUGAGGCGGGCAACGAUGGCUUUAGGGUACUCCUGCUGGAAAAGGCCGGGGAGCUAGGUGAUCACAUACUGUCAGGCAAUGUCAUCGAGCCCUCCGCCCUCAGCGAGCUCCUGCCUGACUGGAAGUCGGAGGACAAUCCGAAUCGAUUCGAGCACAUAACGCCCGCCAAGGAGGACCGGAUGCGCUUCCUCACCAAGAACAGCUCCAUAUGGAUACCGAAGCCCCCGCAAAUGAGCAACCACGGCAACUACAUAAUAAGUCUGAAUCAAUUGGUCAAAUGGCUGGGCGAGAGGGCAGAGGAGGUAGGCGUCGAGGUAUAUCCCGGCUUUGCGGCCUCCGAGAUACUGUACAAUCAUGAGGGCGUCGUCAAAGGUGUGGCAACCAAUGACCUCGGCAUUGCCAGAAACGGAAAGCCCAAGGACUCGUUCGAACGAGGAAUGGAAUUCCAUGCCCGGGUCACGCUCCUAGGAGAGGGCUGCCACGGUAGUCUGACGAAGCAAGUCGUCAAGAAGUAUGACCUGAGACGCGAUAGCCAGCACCAGACAUACGGUCUCGGAGUGAAGGAAGUUUGGGAAGUACAGCCGGAGAAAUUCCAGCCAGGCCUGAUUGUCCAUUCCAUGGGCUAUCCUCUUCCCUCAGAUACCUACGGUGGUGGUUGGAUGUACCACUUCGGGGACAAUCUCGUCAGCAUCGGGCUCGUUGUCGGGCUCGAUUACCCUAAUCCCUGGUUGGCGCCCUACGGCGAGUUCCAGAAGAUGAAGCAUCAUCCGCUGUAUAGCGAAGUCCUUGAAGGAGGCAAAUGUAUAUCCUACGGUGCGAGGACUCUGAACGAGGGCGGUUUCCAGUCAAUACCGAAAUGCGCGUUCCCCGGAGGCGCCCUGAUAGGUGACACGGCCGGGUUUUUGAAUGUGCCGAAGAUCAAGGGUACGCAUACGGCCAUGCGUUCAGGAAUGCUGGCGGCCGAGGCCACCUGGGACGCCCUACAGGGCAACACUGAUGGGGGCACAAUCUUCCUCUAUGAUUAUGAAGACAAACUCAGAAACUCCACCAUCUGGACCGAGCUGAAGCAAGUGCGCAACAUGCGGCCGUCGUUCCACACCCCGCUUGGCUUGUAUGGAGGCGUGCUUUACUCUGGGCUGGAGGCCUACGUCUUCCGCGGCAAAACGCCUUGGACGCUAAAGCACGGCAAGCCCGAUCACGCCGCAACAAAAACUGCGGAUCGAUGCAAGAAGAUCGAGUAUCCCAAGCCCGAUGGUAAGAUCAGCUUCGAUAUCUUGACAAGCGUCAGUCGGAGCGGUACGAAUCACGAGGAGGACCAACCUGUCCAUCUGCAGGUUAAGGACUGGGAUGCGCAUGCGCAAAAGGAAUGGCCCAAGUACAAGGGUGUGGAAAACCGUUUCUGUCCUGCGGGUGUGUACGAGUAUGUCGAGGACGAGAGCAAAGAACUAGGCGUGCGGUUCCAGAUCAACGCCCAAAACUGCGUCCAUUGUAAAACAUGCGACAUCAAGGUACCUGACCAGGACAUCAACUGGACAACCCCGCAGGGCGGCGAGGGUCCCAAGUACGUGUUGACCUAA